AUGUCCCCUGUGCCAGGCGGGGACUGUGCCACGCUGCUCAAGCACAUCGGGGCGCUGCCCCUGGAGCUGGCCCGGCUCUACUUUGCCGAGACGGUUCUGGCCCUGGAGUACCUGCACACCUACGGCAUCGUGCACCGCGACCUCAAACCCGACAACCUGCUGAUCACGUCCCUGGGCCACGUGAAGCUGACGGAUUUCGGGCUCUCCAAGCUGGGGCUGAUGAGCCUGACCACCAACCUGUACGAGGGGCACAUGGAACCCUCACCUCUGACGGAUUUCGGGCUCUCCAAGCUGGGGCUGAUGAGCCUGACCACCAACCUGUACGAGGGGCACAUGGAGAAGGACGCGCGCGAGUUCCGCGACAAGCAG